AUGGUUCUCCUGUGGAUGAUCCUGCUGGAGGUUCUGCUCUGUGCAGAGGCCGAGAACGUGACCGAGGUCAGAGGGCAGCUGGGGGCAGAGGUCAAUCUAACCUGCUCCAGUGGGAGUUCAGACACACACUGGUACAUAGAGAUCUACAGUCAGCUCAGAGCAUAUAUCGGACGCAGUUUGUCUUCAGUCCCUUCCUACUACUCUCCUGAUUUUGAGACCAAGUUUUCAAUCGUGGGAAACAGCCUGAUGAUUAAGAACCUGACAGCAGAGGACUGCAGGCUUUACUACUGUGGCAUCAAGAGAGACGGCAGCAUUCAGUUUGUGGGAACUUUCCACCUCGUCUCAGGUGUAACCGCUGACCCUGUGAGAGGAGUAUUGCAGAGCGAUCCUGUGGUCUUCAGCUCUCUGACCCUGAACGCUGUGCUCGUUUUAGUGGUAAUCUGUCUGAGUUGUGUAUCAGUGUCUCUGAAGAGGAGAAUCAGCAGGUAUCAGGCAAACCUCCCUCCAGCUGGGACCAGCCUGGAGACUCCACAGUACGAGGAGAUCCAGCUCCCCCCUCGACCUUCUGCUCCUCCAGAGUGCAUUUACUACAAGGUUCAGCUUCCUCGCUCCACCCUGCGUCGAAGCUGACAGACACACCUGGACAGGUGGAUGAUACCUGCUGGAUUCAGAGCUGGUGGACAGAGGUCAGACUGAUCACUGAGGACUUGCUGCUCCUGUCGGGUUUCAGUGGUUGGACCAACAGAACCGUCGAGUUCUGCAUGGAGAAAAUCCAGAAACUUGACUUUCAUUUAAUAAAACGUCUGUCAGACACAAUCUGCUGUUUGUGAGCUGAGAUGGACCCAAGAAUGUGACAACUUUCAGCUAAAACUGCCUGAAGGUGGUUCAGGAUUUAAGGUGUAUAAACCAGAACUCAAAGCUGCUGUGAAAACCUGUCAAUGUGUCUUUGUUUGUAUCUGUUUGUCAGGUUUUGUCGCCAUGUUUCAGCCGUUUGGUUGUUGUUAUUAAUUUUUAUUAGCAGCAUCUCUCAUCAUAUGUAGGGGUGUGAUUGCACAUGGCAGGGAUAACUUGGACAUCUGUGAAGGCCCCAUUAAUGCUGAACCAUAUCUACAGGUUUAGGAACAUUCUCUGCUAUCCAGAUGAUGUCAGAUUCAGGGAAGGGCUCACUUAAUUCAGCAAAGCAGUGUUUGUGUUCCUGUAGCAGGUCAAGACUUCAGCUGCUAACCUGACCUGAAGACAGUCCAGACUAUCACCAACAAGCACACCAAAAAUAUGACAAACAAGGCCCUGAACUGUUGCAAGCAAGAGUGGGAAGCAUCUGAGCUGCAAACUACAGAAGGUAGUCUCAGUUGUGCAGCAGCUGUGGACUGUUCCCGUUGGACUGUUGUUGCAUAUUUGAAACAGCUUCUAAAUGUGUGGCAUUAUAUGUGGCAUACUUCUAUAUAUCUGUUUCAUCAUUCAUUUGACCUGUGACACUGCACUUUGAAGGACAUGUAAUACAUUUUCAGUUUGAUUAAUGCUGCCUUCCCUCUGUUUCUUUGUAUA